GAUAUUUAUAUUCACUUUAUGGUAGAUGUAUUCUCAACUAUCCACGUGUGAAAAGCGUUUAGUUACUCGGUUACCCACAAUUUUUUUUUUGUAAUACAUCACUCUACUUGAACCAAUCGAGGACAUCCAAUUGUACUAAAUAUUGAUGUACAUGGAACAUUUUUUUGUUAUGUACGAGCAAUUAACUAAUUUCAUACUUGAUUUUAUGCGUUUUUAAUACAAUUUUUGUACGAUUUUAAACAACAUUGCAUUCGCAAUAGAAAUUGUAAUUUUUAAAAAUUCUUUACAGUAGGUAUUCCCAAAUUACGUAUAGUAAGAUAAACAUAUGUCGUCAUGUGAAAACAAUUCGUCCGAUAAACACUUACCGGCAAGAUAAAUAUUAAAAUGUGCAUUUUAAUAAUUCUUAUAUCGUGUUUUUCUUAAAAAAUCAUUAUAAUAUCUACUCAGUGUGUUUGUUAUCUCUAUCCGCGAGUUUAAUUAUUCACGAUCUUUUAUCUUGGUUGAAUGCAUUAAACUUGAAGUAUCAAAACAUAAGAAUAUUGUUUAUGUAAUCCUUAUUCUGUGAUCGGAUUGGCAAAACAAUAAAAUUUAUCGAAUUAUAAUAUAUUGUUAUUUUUUGCACGAGCAUGGGCAACCAUACAAGUCGUCUUGACAAAGCCCAGUCACCAUUCUACUAAAAGUAUGCAGCAGCUGCAGUGCUCACUAAUGCAUCAAUAUCCAGAUACUUAAACUACUAAACCUUCUGCUACUUGACUGAACUACUGAUAUAGUUUGAACUUCAGUGCCUGUGCUUAACUGUGACCUUCCUGCUUCAACUGUUGUAACGGAACAGAAUAUAACAUGAAUUGUUCUUUGAAAGAUAAGUCUGUGGUAGUGCACCCCUUGACUAAUGACCCAACAAUGGCUUGGAAUUGCAUUAAAAAUUCUCAGAAGGUCUUGAAAAUACAGCCUCCAUUGCCCAAGGGUCCGGUAAAUGAUAACAAAGUUAGAGUUGUGUGCAUGAGUGAUACCCAUUCAAAAACACAUCUGAUGAAGUAUGAAAUUCCUCAUGGAGACAUAUUUAUCCAUGCAGGAGAUUUCACCAGCUGCGGAGAAAUGAAAGAAAUCAAACAGUUCAAUGAGUGGCUCAGUCAGUUGCCUCACACUUACAAAAUAGUGAUUGCUGGUAAUCAUGAGCUUAGUUUUGAUCCUAAAUUCACACAUCCAAUCAUGGAAGACGGUAUAAGUACUUCUUCUCUCGGAUAUGAAUACGAUCUUAUUAGUACUGUAAUCCAGCAGAAAGACAAUAAGAAAUAUUUGACCAACUGUAUAUACUUAGAAGAUUCUAUGACAGAGUGUUUUGGACUGAAAAUUUAUGGUUCUCCGUGGCAACCAGUAUAUGGUGGAUGGGCAUUUAAUAUUCCUCGUGGUCAAGCAUGUCUAGACAAAUGGAAUAAAAUACCUGAAGGGAUUGAUAUACUUGUGACACAUAGUCCACCAUUAGGUCAUGGAGAUCACUGUUAUUCUGGUAUAAGAGCAGGAUGUGUAGAGCUUCUAUCUACUGUCCAGAAUAGAGUGGUUCCAAAAUAUCAUAUUUUUGGACAUGUACACGAAGAUUAUGGAAUCACUACAGAUGGAAAGAUAAUAUACAUUAAUGCAUCAAGUUGUAAUUUACAAUAUUUACCAGUUAAUCACCCAAUUAUUUUUGAUAUAGCGUUACCAGAAGGUUUUACCAAAACUUCAAAAUAAUAAUUUUUAUUUUAU